AUUAACUGUCAAAGCGGCCAUACUAGCCUUUCGUACUUCCUCUCCAACUUUUUGACUUUCUUUUGCGAGUUACUACAAACUGCAUAAACAUGGGUCGUAUGCACGCUCCUGGUAAGGGUAUUUCCCAAUCAGCUUUGCCAUACCGUCGUUCGGUACCAUCAUGGUUGAAAUUGAAUGCCGAAGAUGUUAAAGAACAAAUCAAGAAGCUCGGCAAAAAAGGAAUGACACCAUCACAAAUCGGUAUUAUUCUUCGUGAUUCACAUGGUGUUGCUCAAGUUCGUUUUGUGAGCGGUAACAAAAUUUUGCGAAUCUUGAAAUCAUUGGGAUUGCGUCCGGAUAUCCCUGAAGAUUUGUAUUACUUGAUCAAGAAAGCUGUUGCUAUUCGCAAGCAUUUGGAACGCAACCGAAAAGACAAAGACAGCAAAUUCCGUUUGAUCUUGGUUGAAUCGCGUAUCCAUCGUUUGGCUAGAUUUUACAAGACAAAGAGCGUAUUGCCACCAACAUGGAAAUACGAAUCCAGCACAGCAUCAGCAUUGGUUGCCUAAAAUGUAAUCCGGGCAAAAUACAGAUGUUUUUGAAAAUAAAAAUGUAAAAGUUUUUUUUAAAACAAAACACCUGAAUAUAAAAGAAAAUUUACUGAUAAACAAAAAAUUGUGCAAA